AUGGGGGCGCUCGGGAGGGGACGGGGGCGCACGGAAGGGGAGCGCUUGGGAGGGGACGCGGGUGCACGAAGAAGGGCGCGCACUGGAGGGGCCAAAAUCCUGUCUGCGGCGGGGACCAGCAGGUCCGCAGACCCCCGGGAGAGCACCGUGCCCCGUGGGUGCCCCCACAAGCGCCACUCAAGACUCGGCGGAGGCCGGGUACUGAAUCGGGAGCUGCAGAACCGGGAAGGCCUCGACCUGGAGACGCGCGCCCAGAGAAGCGGGGUGGGGGCCAUUUCCCCGGAUCGCUACCUGCGGGGCCCCUCGCGCGCCGAGCCAGGCCUGGCACAGCCCCGAGGCACCGGGCGUCGGGAGAGAAGGGGACCGCGCAAGGGCGCCCAGGCGGGUGGGCGGGGUGGAGGCCGGGGGAGGGGGGCUCCAGCGAGGCGGCAGCCAGGGGACGCUUGGACCGCCCUCCCCCGUCCCCCGCGCCAAACCUUCCCGCCGCGAGUCUCGGUGUCCCCAGGCCUGGAGCCAGGAUUUGGCCGGGAGAGUUUCCGUCCCCCUUCUCGCCCCUCUUCUCCCCACCUCUGGGACGGGCGGGCGGAGACUCGCCGGGAGGAGGGAAUCCCGGGGCCAGGUCUGGGGGACGCUCCCAGCCGGUCACGUGGGAGACGGAGCCCCCGACCCAGCCGCGGGCCUCGAGCCCGGGACCUACCAGGCCUGGCUGCUCUAGGCUCCCGAGGGGCCGGGACCGGGGCGGGGGCGGCCGCUCUUCCUCCUCCUCCCGCCCCUCCCCUUCCUCCGCUGCCUCCUCCUCCUCCUUCAAUAAAUACUUUUUUCACCCCUUGCAGAAAAGCUCCGUUUUCCUGUCUGCGCUGAAAGCCCUCCUUAUCCCCCCGCCCGGGUGACGGAAUCCCGGGUCUGUUUCUCUCUGUUUAAUGCCGUUGCCGGGACCACGGUGGCCGCGCGCCAGGCGCUCGGAGUUCCGGAGGCGGCGGCCCCGAGCGCGGCCAGCUCGCCCGGCCUGUGCGCCCCGGCCCGGCCUCUGCGGCCACCGCGGGCCCCGGCUCCGCCCGCCUUGCUCCCCGCGGGCCCUGCGCCCCUUCCUCUGCCUCCUGCCUCCUCGCAGGACCAUGCCCAGAGACUUUAAAUGGCUGGGGUUUGACGUCACCCGUUUCCUGGGGAUGGGUUCACGGAGCACCCACCAUCCAAGUCUGGAUUCCAGGCCCUGGUACAUCUAUGGGACCCGACAGGAACAGCCUCCACCUCUCAGGGCAGGCCAAUGACAGGCACCUGCUAAUGGUUCAACACAGCUGAAUCAUUAUUUCAGAACAUUUUGCUGUUGUGAAUUCAACUGCACCCUCCAAAAAGUAUCACUGAAGUCCCUGGUCUCUGGGAAUGAGACCUAAUUUGGUAAGUGGGGUCUCUGCAGUUGUAGCUAGUCAAGAUGGUGUCAAUUAAGGGGACCCCAAUUACGACCAUUGCCCUCAUAGGAGGGGAAGAUGCAGGCAAGGGGAAUGUUGUGUGGCGACAGAGGCAGAUGGCUCUGCGUGCCAGGGACCGGCUGGGGUUACACGAGCUGGAAGAGGAAGCGAAGGGUGCUCGGCCAUGCUGACCCUCGACUGUACCUCUGGCCUCCAGAACUGUGAGGACAUGUUUCUGCCUUUCAAGCCACCUAGUGUGUGGUCAUUUGUGAUGGCAGCCCCAGGAACCAACCCAAAGGGCAGUGCUUUCUUUUUUUUUAUUGAGAUAGAGGCUUGCUCUGUCACCCAGGCUGGAGUGCCAGGGGAUGAUCUCAGCUCACUUCAACCUCUGCCUCCCAGGUUCAAGUGGUUCUCCUGCCCCAGCCUCCCGAGUAGAGUACUUGGGAUUACAGGUGCCCACAACCACACUGGCUAGUUUUUGUAUUUUUAGUAGAGACAAGGUUUCAUCAUAUUGGUCAGGCUGGUCUGGAACUCCUGUCCUCAUGUGAUCCACCUGCCUUGGCCUGCUGAAGUGCUGGAAUUACAGGUGUGAGCCACCACACUCAGUUGGCCGGGCAGUGGUUUCCAUUCUUUUUAGGAUACCAAGCCUGUCACAGUGCGCUGUGGCCUUUCCUGGAAUGCAUGUCCCCUCUCGGUGGCCUGGCAGCACCCACACCGCACCUGCACCUCCACCAAGAUGCUCCCUUCCAGGCCAGUGCCUCGGGCGCUCCUGCUGGACAGAGCUCUCCCUGCGGAUGACCUUUGCUUGAGGACCCCCACUGCCUGGUCUAACUCCAGGGGUCAUGGGAAUGUCCCUGCUCGCUCCUGCCACAGCCCUUGUCGGGGCACAGACCACCAAGACCAGGGAAGCUGCUGGUGCUGCCCCUCAGCUGCUGGGUGAGUCAUUCUCUUCCUCUGGAGCUGGGACUGAAGGAUGCCCUCCUGCCAUGGAGACAGGGAUUCCCCACCUUGCUUGAGCUCCCGUGUCCAGUGGGACCUGAGAACCUGCCCCUGGGGUCUUUACCUUGGUUAGGAAGUAAUGUAAUGUUGUAUUCUGUCCCUUGCACCUGAAGGAGGCCUCAUUCACAGGAGAGCUGCCGUCAACAGGGUCCUUCCUUCCUCCACAGGGUGGGGGGCACAGGGAUGGGGGCAGAUGAAACAGCAACUGUAGCUAGAAGGGAAGCUGGGCGAGGAGGGCGGGCCACCCUGCACAGCUGCUGCAGCCAUUGGGCCUCACACACCAUGCUAGGCAAGAAAACGGCCCCUUGAACCCUUCAUUUCUCUCAGGAACACAAACAGGGCUGAGCUGACCCUCAACCGGUGUGCACGGUGUGGGAAGGAUGCUGUGUGUGAGCUGUCCCAGGCACCAGACUCCUUCCCUGGCCCCCGAAAGCCAGCGACCACUUCACAGUGGCAGUGGUCCUGCACUUGGCUUCCUCUUAGGAAGUCGGGCACCUGUGAGGGCGGGCAGAGGCAACCUGCUUCAGAGCCUCGCCUCCUCCAUUCCAAAUUCUGCAGGACAGGCCUUGGCUGUCACUGGGUGUGCACCCCUCGCCGUGUGUGUGGGGGGGAGGCGGGGUGGGAGGGCCCAGAGCUGGCCCUGCUCCUCCCAGGCUGUGCCUUUUGCUAGUGCUGGCCCCUCUGUAAACACCUCCCACUUCUCCUUUCUGGCAAGUUUGGGUUUGUCCCUGUGAACUCUCCAUUGUUUUUGUCUUGCAAAAUAACAACAGUAUUUUUCAAAUGGCAAAAUUCCAAUGGUUUUGUUUAAACUACCCAGAUCUGUUUAACUAGUAGCACCCCAAGGUCAGUUGUUUCUGCCCGACCUCCGGCAGCGAUGCUCUGCUCCUCUCCCGAUACCUGUGCAAAGCAUUCCCAGGCGGCCUGGCCUGGCUCUGGUCCAGGCUUCCCAUCACCAGGCAGAUGGACGGAACCGCCCAGACGUGGGGCUGAGCCACAGCUGGAGUUCACUGAGCUCCCCAAACUGUUUUAAAAGUGUUUUGGUUCGAUAAAUCUCUGAACAAGUUUUGCCAAGCACUUUUUCCACUAACUUUGGAACCGGAGUGACUUUCAAGAAAACUGAAUCCCAAGAUCCUGGCUCAC